AUGAUCAUUUGCUACCUGGCUACAACACUUUGGUUCGUUUAUUUUAUUGAAAGUACGAAAAAAGUUUACACUAAUCAGUGGGCCGUCCAAAUUGAGGGAGGAAUUGCAGAGGCCAAGAAUGUUGCUCAGAGACAUGGGUUUGAACUUGUCAACGAGAUUAUGCCAGACUUUUAUCUGCUUAGGAACAAGAGGAUAUCAAAGAGAUCUUUAGUUUCAUCUGAUUCGUAUGCCAACAAAUUGUUGUCGGAUGCUCAGGUGGAAUGGGUUGAACAGCAGGUUGUCUUGAAAAGGGUGAAGAGGAGUUCCGGUGGCGGUCUGGGUUUUUCCGAUCCAAAAUGGCCGCGGAUGUGGUAUCUGAAUCGAGGUAAUGGGCUGGACAUGAACAUCAUCCCUGCCUGGCGGAGUGGCAUAACAGGAAAGGGUGUUGUCGUCUGCAUACUCGAUGACGGCAUUGAGAAAGAUCAUCCGGACAUUAGGAAAAACUACGACCCAGAGGCCAGCUACGAUGUUAAUGACCAAGAUCCAGACCCACAACCAAGAUAUGAAUAUUCAAAUGAAAACAGACAUGGUACCAGGUGUGCUGGUGAAGUUGCUGCCGAAGCCAACAACAACAUCUGUAGCAUAGGCGUGGCUUAUGAAGCUAGAAUUGGAGGUAUUCGCAUGCUGGAUGGCGAUGUGACAGAUGCAGUUGAAGCCCAAUCAUUGAGUUGGAAGCGUCAGCACAUUUCCAUCUACAGUUCUUCCUGGGGUCCAGAUGAUGAUGGAGUCACGGUGGACGGGCCUGCCCCUCUGGCGUGGAGAGCGCUGGUUGAAGGCAUCACUCUGGGCCGACGCAGUCUUGGUUCUAUCUUCAUCUGGGCCUCAGGAAAUGGAGGCAACAACAGUGACAGCUGCAACUGCGAUGGAUACACGAACAGCAUAUACACCCUGUCCAUCAGUAGUGCCACGGAGUUCGGGGACGUGCCCUGGUACUCCGAGGCAUGCUCGUCCACACUGGCCACUACCUACAGCAGUGGGUCUGGCACUGAGAGGCAAAUUGUGACCACAGAUUUGAGGAGGGGCUGCACUGAAGGACACACCGGUACUUCAGCCAGUGCACCCAUAGCAGCCGGCAUUUGUGCCUUGGUAUUGCAAGCCAGUCCUUACUUAACAUGGCGUGACAUGCAGAAUAUUGUCGUCCUGACGUCAAGACCUGAAAGUUUGAAUGCCAAUGAUUGGACGAAGAAUGCUCUUGGCAGGAAAGUCAGCCACCACUUCGGUUACGGCCUGUUGGACGUGGCAGCAAUGAUCAACCUGGCGCAGAACUGGACCACCCUUCCACCUCAGAGGCAGUGUCAUCUCACUUACGUCGGCAAUGGAAUUCCCGGACGGGGAGCGCCAGUGUUUGGCAGAUUGGAGUUGGAAUUGUUGUCCGAGGGCUGUCGAGGCACACCGAACAAGGUCAGCUACCUGGAGCAUGUGCAGGCCAUCAUUACAUUAUCUACUUCAAAUAGGGGCGAAGUCCAGAUCUUCCUAACCUCACCAUCCGGUACUAAAUCGACCCUACUCAGUCAGAGGCCCAAGGACACGUCGGCAGAAGGUUUCACCAACUGGGCUUUCAUGACGACCCACUGUUGGGGCGAGAGCUCGACGGGGACCUGGAAGUUGGAGGUCACAGCAGGUAGCAGUAUAUGUAAGUUGGGGGGUUUUUGUGGACAGGCGUUCAUCUUUUGA